AUGCAGCUGGUGGGUGAGGAGUCAAUUGUCGCAAGCUUCUGCCGCACCAGCGAUUGCCUCCAGACGUCUCGCCGGCGUUCAAGGUCAAGUGCGCCAGAGGUGGCGGCGAUUUCAGCAGCGGCGGUACCAGCGCCCAUCGACACGCCCCUCCCCGUCCGCCUCACAGGCACCGCCCUCUCAUACAGGGAUGGCGUGCUUGCAGGCACGGUGCCCGCACUCUCCAUUCAAAAUCACGGCGAUAACGACGACGGAUCUGCAUGCGAGCACAUCGCUUCUCUAGCCAGCAGUGGUGACGAUGAUGAUGAUGAUGAUAAUGCUACAGCAAGCACUCCCACAGCACCCAACAGUUGGCUGGUUGGUGUUGGCACCAGUGUGAAUCACAGCACCACCAGCACUGACAGCAACAACAGCAAUGGCAGCAACGGCAGUACCAGCACGGAUGAACAGCUGUUGUUCCUCUUGACGACAUACGCGCACGUGACGUCUGCAAACAUCACAGCACCGCUGUUUCACGCGCCGCUGCUGAAUAUCACGACAGACAGCAACGGCUUGAAUGCUCGCAACACAACCAGCGCACUGGCGUGUGCCAUGCGGUGCCACGUUGCACUCCCUGUUCACGUGUGUCCACGUGGCCAUGUGGACGUUGUGUCCACCACACGCAUUCCCCUCGUGCUACGCCCCGUCAUCACCACAGCCACCACCACCACCACUACCACUGCAAGUGAAAUUGAGAAUGAGAGCACUGGCACAAUGCCAGCGACACCCGUGCUGCUCCCAACCAGCAACCAGACGCUGCUCCUUGAAGGAAGAGCGCUCUUCCCUCGCGACGCGCCACCAUCAGCACCACCCCCACCUCCACUGUCGUCGUCGCCGUCACCAGUGCUGUUGCCGCUGUGCUCCGCGCGCUUUCAUGGGGAUGGCGUUGACGUGUGCGGAUAUGUGCGCGCGAUCAACGAUACGCACGCCACGGUGGAGGUUGACAUGAACAACACAGUCGCAGACACGCAGCUGCUGCUCACUGUCCAUGUUGACGGGGUGGCGAGCAAUGCCGUUCCAAUCAUCGUUGCCCCGACGGUUCGCGUUGAUGCGCCGCCACCAGCAGCGCGGCUGCCGCACCUCUACUUCCAAUCGCCGCUCGCAGUGCCGGCAUCACUCGCAUCGCUCAUCGCCAACGCAACACAACUGGCGCACCAAGACGUAGAUGGCAGCGGUGGCAGCGGCAGUGGCGACGGCGACGGCGCAACAGCAGCCGUUGAUGCGCUUGCGGGGCUGGUGCUGCUUCCUUUCAACAUUACUGGCGAGUGGAAUGGCGUCAUGAUGCAAGGUUCCGCAAACAGCAGCAGCACCAGCAGCAGCAGCAGUAACAACAACAACAACACCACGUACAGCUAUGACAGCACUGCAGCAGCGUCUCUGCUGGACGUGGAGGUGUUACUGUCCUCCAGUGAUAGAGGUGAACGCGUGUGGAGUGGUGUUGCCAUUGUUGUGUCCGCCACAACCACGCACGCCUCCUGCAUUGUGGCCGUGCCAGCUGCACUGUGCGAGCAGCCCAACACCCCCGCGUCUCUCGCCGUGAUUGUGUCUGUCGGGCCCCUCUCUUCGCCUCAGACCACUAUUGCACGCGCGCUCCUCCCACGUGGCGUCACCGCCCUCUCCUCCCCAGCCACAGUCACGGUCGGUGGCCGCACGCACAGCGUGCACGCACGUGCAGUGAUGUGGCGACAGCACAUGUUGCGUUCCGCCCUGGCUGUUCACCUGCACUGGGAUGCUGUACCAACAACAGCACAGCUGCAGGUGUCCCUCAAAUGCACGCCAGCCACCACCACCACCAUGGCAGCCGCAACCGCCACGACAACAACAGCACUCCCCGCACGCAUGUCAGCGGCUGGCGCAAGCCUGUGGACCACAGCUGUUAUCUUUGAAGAUCUUUCCGAAUCGUCCGCACUCGUUCCUCUUCUACAGGGGGCAUGCCGCGUGCGUCUCACCAUGACAGGGCCACCAUCAUUAGCUGCUGCGUCGACGCCUGUGACGCUUUCGCUUCCCCUCUACACACGCGCCCCGACUCACGUGUUGGAUGCGGUGUCGGCUGCAACCACCACCGCUGUGCUCUCACGCGACAGCUCGCCGCCAUUUUCAAAUCAUCUCAACGGCGACCGUGAUGUUGGCGGUGAUGAUGCUGGGCAGCUUGCUGCGGUGUGGAUGGGCGUUGCACCACCUCGUUCCCAGGCGUUUGCUUCCACCCUCUCGGGUUCAAGUGCAUGUGUUGGCGACAUCGAUCCAGCAGUUGCAGCAGCAGCCCAUGCCACAGCAGUCGUGCUUGUUAGCGAUGGUGUCGGUCUUGAGAGUGUCAACACCAGCACCGUUCAUGUGCACUUUGCUCACGACGUCCUCGCACCACUCGCAUCGUCGUUGCCUUGGGCGUGGGCGGGAUCAAGCAAUGUCACCAGCAGCAAUGUCAACAGCAGCAGCGACGAUACCAGCAGCAACAGCACGCUUGCUUUCGUAAUGUGCAAUGCCACCACGUGCACGUGUCCAACUGUGCCCGGCAGCGCACCAGACGCACCACACACCAAGGACACCGGUUCAGCCACUGUAGCUGAGGGAUCAUCAUCGGCCAUCACCACAUCAACGCCCCUCCUCUCCCUCUCCUUUUCCCGCUUUCACAACGCAUCGUCGUCAGCAUCAUCAUCAUCUUCAUCAACAACAACAUCAUCAUCGACGCUUGUCAUGAUGACAGGAACGCACCGCGCGCUGCCGUGGUCCCUUGGUGGUGCUGGCAGCGCCAGCGGUAUUGUCGGCGGUGUUGGCAGUGCGGAACGUGGCGGGAUGCGCGUGUGGGGCACAGCAAACGGACUUGUGAUGAUUGAGGGGGCGCCAGUGUCAAGAACGGUGCUCCGUCUUCCCAUCACAUCCGCGCUUCCGCUACCAAUUCGAAGCAACUCAUCACACACCGCCAAUACACCAACUGGAUCAUCGUCGUCGUCAUCAUCAUCAUCAUCAUCAUCGUCAUCCUCGACACUGCCAGCCAUGCACGAGCACGUGGCGUCUGUGUUAGCGCUUGAUGCCCACUUGAGUGCGCUUGACACCGUCAGCGUGCUCCUGGCAGCCCCGAGUCCCGCCAACACGCGCGGUGCACACAUUGCCCUCGCCGCUUUUGCCUCGCCGCCGUUUUACCACCCAUUGGCUGUUGGCGGUGGUGGUGUCGACGAUGGUGGUGCUGGCUCCGCACGGCAACAGUACCAGCAACAACAGCCGUUCAUUGCACUCUACGGCGAGGAUGAUGGUGUGGCGACCACCGAUGCGUCAUCCACAACAGCAUCAGCAACAGCGGCGUCGUCGUCGUUCAAUGCGAGCGCACACCUGCAGAGCGUGGCCACACCUGCGCUGCUUCCCUUUGCCGCGCCCUCCCAGAACAUGCAACCAUCAUCAUCAUCAUCAUCAAGUUCGACAUCAGCAGCAGGAGAGGCUGUCGAACACACGUGUGUGGGACUGGUGGUGACAACGGACAGCCAAGUGACCACUACCACCACAUUCGACAAUGACUGGCAUAUUGUGUCCGCACAGCUGAACACCGAUGGCUCCAUAUCUGCACAUGUGCACACGCAGCGCAGCGGUGACAGCGGUGACAGCGACACUUCGAGUAAAAGCUGCUCACCCUCGUUGAUGACUGUGCAUCUAACGAUUGGCAGUGGCUUGGUUGCAUUGGAUGCUGUUGCUGAGCACCAGUGGCAAGCGCACAUCCCGCCCUCACACAGCGCCGCGCUCGUUGCUGCCGAUUGCAUCGCAGGCAGUGGUGGCGCCACUUGCGCUGUCACACUCACCAUCACGCCACCGCCAUCGUCGUCAUCGUUGUCAGUGGUUGAACAGAGUGGCGUGCUUGCAUGCACACCUGGCAAUUUCCCCAGCGCGGAUGUGUCACUGCCAGCGACAGCCGCUGCCUCGUGGUCCCACGCCAUUCCCCUUCACCCAUCCUCCUCGUCUUCCUCUUCAUCAUCAUCAUCAUCAUCGUCGUCGUCGUCGUCAUCAUCAUCGUCAUCCAGCGUGGGCCCUCGUGCCGUUGUUCUGGCCCAGCGGCUGCCUGAUGCGGCAAACCACCGUGCGAGCUCAUAUACAUCACCGUCAGCACUUCCACAGGUCAUGCCCCUGUCGCGCAAUCCGUCCACAGCCACAACUACCACCACAAGCACAACUGCAACCACCACCACAGCAAAUGUGUGCGCCUCCUUUGCCGUUACUGUGAUGCGGAGCACGCCUGCUGGCGUGGCCAUGGAGGAUAGCGUGCUUGACGUGUAUUUGCUGCCCAACGAGACAGCAGCAGCAGCAGGCAGCUACAACGGCAGCAGAUGGAGUGAUGAUGGCGAUGAUGAUGCCCUAUUUUCCGGUCGCUCUCCUUUGCUUCGUGUGCAUGGGUCCAUUGGCCAAACUGUUGUGCGCACGUGCGACGCCCAUACAGCAGUUGCCCUCACCCGCGCUCUCACCGCUCCGCACACCAGCAACAACACCACAGCGCCGGCACAGUUGCUGGCACUGCGUGGGCGGUCGACAUCGCAGUCGGGCGCUGUCACUGUGCUUGCACCGCCACACGCGUCCCCCACAACCAGCGCAGCGGCACUUGCAGAGUCAUCAUCCCAAUUGAGUCGACAGCAGCUGGCCGUGGUGAAUGGUGCCGGCGGAUUUGGCGUUGCGUUUGCAACAGCAGCAGCGACGGCAACAACAGCGGGCUGUCGAUCGCCCACAGCGGCGUCACAAACCCCAAGCACGGGUGCCCUUGCUGCGGUUGAGUUUAAGGUUACGCUGUCUCAGCGUGUCAUCUCUGCGCUCACCAGCAGCGGCACUGUUGACGCCCUCUCCUUCCAAGCACGCGUGUGGAGCGAUGGGGCAACAGCGAUAGGAAACGCCAGCACCACCAGUAGUAACACGAGCGACAAUGUUGACGACGACACCAGCACAGACGAUGAAACCACCAACAACAACACCAACAACAACAACACCAACAACACCAACAACAACAACAACAACAACACCAACAACAACAACACCAACAACAACAACAACAACACCAACAACAACAACGGCGGCAGUUCACUCGGUGUCGUGUCACAUGCCAUUUCGCUCACCAUCGCCCAGGCGUAUUCCACACGAAGCGUCACGGGUGGUCAGAGUGCCGACGCGUCACCAUCAUCUACAGUCACGGUCCACCUUACGCCAGCACACAGUGCGCUGUUGUCGUCACCAACGUCGCUCGAGGCAACGGUGGUGCAGUUGUUUGCGCAGGAACGGCGGGCCGCAACAGGCAAUGACGCUGAGGGCGGUGGGGCGUGGCACGAGCUGUGUGCCGGGAGAUUUGAAUCUGUUGUUGGCGACUGGCGUGCAACUACAGCAGGCGAUGGGAACAAUGAGCUCCCACGCGGACAGGCAACGCUUCUUGACCUGUAUGCCAGCGCCACCGCCGACGCAGGGCGUGUGGUGGCGUGGACGCGUGUGAACCGUCUUCGCCGCACGCUGCAGCUUGUGCCUGUUACCCUUGCUGCCCCUCAACGUACCAAAGCGUUCGCAGACGCGUCAGGUAUGCAGCGGUGGUGGCUGCAGUCGGCCUCCACGUCACCGUCUGCAGCGCCGCUGCCGUCACUGCUGGCAACGCGUGGCGGCUGGAGCGUCCGCCAUGCAUUCCAGUCCAGUGCCGUUGUCUCGUUCCUUGAUGACACCCUGUCAUCGACACAUGCAAGGGCUACCGCUGCUGGCAGUGCUGUCGUGACGCUGAGCGAGAUUGCACAGGUCUCUAUCGCACUGUGCAGCUGCAACAGCGCCAACAACGAGAGGGUUGAUGGGUGCACACCACAACUCUCGUCGACCACCUCCACCCCCACUUCCACCUCCUCGACUUCAACGUCCUCAGCACCGCCGUGCGUGCUUGUGAACGCUGCGCCGGCAUUUGUGUCGGACCCUCCAUUCCCCGUGAUUAGCGAUGCCGUUGUGGCGCAAGCAGCCAUCAACGCCAGCAAACCCACAGCAGUGGCUCCUGCCGCUGUUGGCGUGAACAUCGCAUCAAAUCACCCGCAGCGGCCAUAUGUCAUCCGCCUGCACGCUCCACUCUUCGACCAGCCAACGCCACAGUCUUCCCAAGUGUCUGGCACUGCUGGAUCUGUGCCUGUAGAGUCGGGCCUUGACGCGUUGCAGUCGCUGGGGCUGACGCUUGGCGUUGUUGUCACUGAUGAUGGCGAUGGUAGCGGUGACACCACGUCGCCCCAUCUGCAAUUGCUUGCAAGCACGACAUUGUCGACCGCCUCAGCCACAGCAGAGUUGCCAUCCUUGUCUUCGCUCCUGCUGAGCGUGCCUGCUGUUGUGCAUGUGCAACUCGGGGCGCACGACAUUGUCUCACAACGAUUUGACGCGAGCCGCGUGCGUGUGGACGUGUGCGGAACACAACAGCGCCCGCCUGAGUUUGCAACGCCACCCGUCAUCCACAUCACCAGCUAUGGCCCUCUCCUUGCCACACCAACACAGUCGCUCCUCACAGCAGCAACAGCAGAUGCAGCAACAGCAACAGCACCAGUUGUGUUUGCGCGGUUGCCGCUGUCAGACACGAAUGCGGACCACCUGCUGUGUUCAACAGGUGCCGCCGACACGCUAGCUGUGGCGGUUGUGGAAGCAAGCAGUGGCGGUGGUGGUGGUGCGCACGGCGUUGCUGCGGAUGUGGCGAGAGAUGCUGGUGUGCAGCAUGUGGUGUCGCUGACGGCCAGUACUCCCGCGCACGUUGGGGACAGCAUUGCCGCCACUGUCACGGCGCGGGAUAUGAGCGGGCUCACGGCAACAGUGAAUGUGACAGUCAGCGUUGCGCCACGACUGCAGCUUGUUCUCUCCCCUGCAACGACCACGCCAGCAGGCUUACUGUUCGAGGAAGAUGGGGAGACGGCACACGUUCCGUACCCGUGGCACUUGCCAACCCCGUCAUCCGCAGCCGCAGUUUGUUCGGGCCGUACUGUGAACAGCACCACAGGCGAGAACAUCGCCACGCAAGACGCCGGCACAAAUACAGCAACACCAGCGUACGAGGUGGCACUGUGCGAGCAAAGCAACUGCAGUGCUGUUGUGGACACGUGUGUCCGUGCUGCAUUUGGGGACACCGUGUUUGAAGCAAUGACAACAGCGACAGCAACAGAUGCAGCCCUCAACUGCACUGCCAUCCAGCGCUUUGAAUCCUGCUUGGCAACAGCCCUGCAGGCGCCAAGCAGCACCACCGACGCUGCCGGUCGCUGUCGCUUGCCAAUCUUAAAUGUGCUCUUUGGAUAUGACGAGGAGACUGUGGGCCAAGGCUCAACCACCACAACCAGCAGCAGCAGCUCCAGCAGCAGUGCCAUGGACGGUGAAGCGAGUGCAGAGGCAGCCGCCCGUGUUGUUGGCAACACGUGCGCACCGCGGGGUGUUCUUGACGCUUUGACGCAGCAGUGUGCGAGCACAUGCGCUUGCCGCGUCAUCAACUCGCAGCAGGGGGUGCAACUUUUCUCAUCCACAACAUCCAACAUGAACACGACGACAAACACGGCCACCUCAGCCACAAGCAACAGCAACAGCAACAGUAACAGCAACAGCAGUAGUCAUGACGCAGUGUGCACGCAGCCGCAAUUUGUCGUAUCGGAGAGUGUUGAACCAGGCAUGCGCUUGGGUACGCUGUUUGCGUCCAUGACCACCGCUGGCGGCGACGCUUCUGCUCCCGCCCUGCCUUCGCUGACGUGCUGGCAGGACACAUGCGAGCUGUGGACAUGGAACAGCACGCAAGCAGCGUGGCGCUGUCUUCGUGGUGGCAGUGUUGGUGACAGCACCGGCGUGAACGAAGAGACCUUGGAUGCAGUGGAUGUGCCCAUCCUCACAUUCACGGCGGCUGCGUCUUCACUGCAACAACAAGAACAGCAUCAGCAGCAACAAGAACAAUGGUCCAAUAGCAGCCGCCUUGCUCCGUUGGCUGAUGUUGUGCUGGGUCGCCGCUUGGAUUUCGAAGCUGCAGAUGCUGUCACCGUCACCGUCAUGUGCACGGACACGCAGGCAACGCAGUCAGAGGUGCUGACCGACACGGCUGUGGGUGCUGAUGGCGCUACUGGCGCGGCGGUCUUGAUGGCGCCGCUCCGCUUCACGCUCACGCUUGCUGUUGUGAACACAGAGCCCAUGCUCACGUCUUCGCACGCACACGUGCUGGCGUCUUGGGGCGACCGUGGUGGCGCAACGCCUGUCGUUCUGCCACUUUCGGACCUUUCAUCGUCCUCAUCCCCCUCGUCUUCGCCCGUGACAGCGCCGCUGGCGAGCGCAUAUGUGCGCGCGUAUCCAUCGACCAUCACGCUGGCGGCAAAUGCUGAGCUUGCUGAUCUCCGUCCUUUGCAGCGACGGCUUGCGUGCUCCAUUCUCCCCGCUGCUGCCCUCACAACAGCAACAGGUGGUGGUGACGGCCUCGCGUGUACGGCACGCAUCGGCUAUGAUGCCUUCAGCGAAGCCGUUGUGUCCGUGGAUGUGCCCGCGGGCGUGAACAUCAUAACACACCCCCGCCUGCUGCUCACGUUUGAGGCAAACACAGCGCAGUCCCAAGUGCUGGGCAACAGCGUUGUGUGUGAUGGAGACAGCGCCAAUAGUGUGCGCGAUGAUAUUGGCGCUUGUGCUGUGCUGCUGCCAGUUGGGCAGACGGGCGUCAACGCAAGUGCAGCAGAGGCAGCGCGCUUGAACGCCACGUCGUUUGCACUGCCCAUGUGUCUGGAUACACAGGCACCCGUGCUGGCCCUCCAGUCGAUGGAGGUCGCGGACUUGAACACUCGCACUGUGCGCAUCGUCUACAUGCUAGAGGAUGGCGGCUUUCCCUCGUCUGCAAGCGAUGCUGCGUGCGGCGUUGCGCAGCUGUUGCCUGACGUCACGUGCACGCUGCGUGUGCAGGGCGGCAGCGAGGCAGCAGCUGUGCCGUGUAACAUCACGUCGCACACCGUUGCUGUUGAUAACGCCACCGCCGUCGACCUGGCACAAGCAUCGGCACAGGCAUGCAAACCUGUCUCUGCAGGGCCGGUCGGCAGCGGCAGCAGCAACGGCGGCGAUGACACUGACAGCCUCGAUGCACUGAGAAAAAUCCAGCUGCCCUUCCCACGAACACACGAGCUGAUGCUGGUGGUCCCUGAUGAAGGGACGUUUGUCGUCACCAUCAGCAGUGUGGAUGCAGCCGGAAACCGAGCGCGCGAAGUGACAGCACCUGUUCGUGUCGUGCGGGAUGUGUUGGAUAUUGGCAUCACCUCCAAUCUCAUCAUUCUGGAUGGUGGGAGUGAUGGCGAUGAUACGGGUGGCACUGCUGGUGGCAGUGUACAGGCGCUUGCGUCUGUUGGUGGUGCAAGCGUCACGUGUGGUGGUACUGACGGCAGCACCACCACGGAUGCCAGCGUGUGCUCUGCACGUGCAGCCGGGCAAGGUGCGGAUGUGUCUGUUGUCUCGCUUGUUGCUGGUGGUGAUGGCAGCGGGGGCAGCGGCCACCGUGGUGAUGGGUGGGUGGAUCUGAGCCUUUCCUUUGACGCCACGGCUGCCGAUGCCACUGCCGCCCAGUCGUCAUCAGCGUCGCCAGCGUUCCUGACGCACAGCGAGACUUUUGGCGUGCAUGUGGACGUGGGUCCUCCCCAGAUCUCGUUUGUGCAGCCGCCGUCACUGUCCCCGUUCUUUGUGGGGUGGCAGCCCGUGGGUGCCGCUGCGUUUCCCAUUGACAUUCGCGUUGCCUUGAGCGAGCAAGUUGCCUCCUUCAAGUGCCGCGAUCGACAACAACAACAGCAGCAGCAGCAGUUGGAGCAGGUCGGCACCGGGAACACAAGCCCGACAUGCACGCUUGGAUCCGCGCCCAUGUGCACACAAUCGUUCGCUCACGCUGCUGGCAGCGGUGUGUGUCAGACGGCGUUUGCCGCGUGUGCACAAGCGCUGCUUAAUGAUGUGCAAUCGUCCCAGCAGCAGCAGCAGCAGCUGGGACCUUCGCUGCCCGUGUUUGACAGCGAGUGGGCCAUGUGCACCCCAACACUUCAACUCAGCAUGGCUGACAGCAGCGUGAACGAGGGUGAUGUGACCGUGUCUGAUGCUGGCACGACGCAGGUGGUGGUGCCUACGGGUGUCGCUGCUUUGCGUGAUUUACUGUGGACGGUCGAUGUGCAGGCGACAGAUGUGGCUGGACGAGCCAUGGCAACACCGCAGCAGUGGGCGUGGUUCCCGCAACUACCACAGCAACAGCAGCAGCAGCAGGAACAGCAGCAGAACGAGGCAGAAGGUGGAGAAGGCAGCAACGCCGCCAGCCAAGGCAACGAUUCGUGCGCCUCCACCGUUGGCGGUCUGUGGGCCGGUGCGGGUGUCGUGUGGGUGCUGCUGAUUGGCGUCGUCGCGUAUGCGCUGUACUCGCCAGACAGGCGCCACUACCUGCUGCAAGGGUGGCGGGCGCGCACGCUGGCCAACCAGGUGCGCAUGCGGCAGUCGAGCUACCUCGAUGCGGCCAAGGACUCUGGCCGUGCGAGCGCCGGUGCUGUUGGUGGCCGCACAUCCUCGCGCCCCGUGCUGCAGCUCGAGCCCGUGCCUGAAGACGGGGGCGAGGGCGAUGCACGCUCACGCAACAGCAGCAGGAACAGUUUUGCCCGCCCACACAGCCGCAGCAGCAGCAGCACUGGUGGCGGGUAUCAGCAGCAGUAUCAGCCACCGCUUCUUCGCAGUGGGCUGUCUACUCCUCAGGGAGGCGCGUUUGAUCAGCAGGUGUACGGACCCAGCAUCACGGACAGCUAUGACAGCAUGCGGCAGGCAGAUGUGUUUGAGAUGGGGUCCAUGCCAUCCAUCUACGAUGCUGCGAUGAGCGAGGACGGUGCGAGCGACUUUGUGUCGACAGAGCUGGCGGAUGCCAUGCAGCGUGCGCAGGCUACGGUGUCGCAGGUGCAGGAGACGGCGCUUGAGCAGCUCACAGCGAUGAAGAGGGAUCUGGGCCUGUUGAGUGACGAGGAGGAGGAGGAGGAGGAGGAGGAGGGUGGUGAUGGCGAUGGCGAUCAUGGUGGUGGUGGCAGUGUGAGGGUGCGUGGUGGCGGUGUUGCUGGCAGACACACCAUGCAGCCGCUGCUUGAGGAGGACGAAGGGGAAGAAGAAGAAAUGGGAGAAGAAGAAGCCACACGUGUUCAUGGUGUACAUGCACAUGGCACUACACAGCAUCAGCAAAAGCACGGCGGAAAAGUGGACUUGGACGUGGAUGUGCUACAGGCGCAGUAUGCACGCCGCAUGAGCGCCCAGUCUCCCACACAAGGCCAAGGUCACAUGCACGACGCUGUUUUCCGUGUUGGUGGCGGUGAUGGUACUGAAAGUGGCGGUGAUGGCCGUGCUGGCAACACGCGUGAACCCGCUGUUGCACCUGCUGCACCUGGUGCCAGCUGUAACGAAGAUGUGGUGGAUGAGGUGAGCGAUGUUGAGCUUGACCUGGAGAACGACGUGUCUGGUUUGCUGCCGCAGCACGAAGCGCUGUUGGCCGCCAACUACAGCCGUGCGGUCGGUGUCAGCCGACGACGUGGAGGUGGCAUGGGCGACAGUGACGAUGCUGCUGCUGGUGAUGAUGAUGGUGGUGAUGAUGAGGAAGACCGUGCAGGCAUGGGCCUGGCGUCGAUUGGUUUGAGAGAGGUGGCAAGCAGCGGCGGCGUGAACAACAGGCAGCGCUCAGCACACAUGCGAAGCGGCAACGAAGACAGCCGUAAUGGUGGCCGUGUCUUGGACAGCCCGCCGCGGACACGUGGGGCGUUCAGGCCGUAUGCUGCCGAUGGUGAGGUCCGCAACUCAACACCCAAGCGCAGCAGCAACACAGUGCGGUCACGUGGCCUUCCUGGCGUGAGCGGCGGUGAGCGCGCGAGAAGCAUGAAUUACGUGUCGUCACCACCGACAGAGGCACCGCCCGCGCCACCGUCGUUUGUGCACACGACAACACCGCCCUCGGCAGCAGCGUUAACGCCUGCAUCUCUCUCUGCGUCGUCAACGCGCUCGGCAUCGCUGAGCAGGCGUGGCGGCGGGUCGCGUGGGCAGCAGCAGCAGCAGCAGCAGCGCAGUGGCGGCAGCGGCACUGGUGGUGGAACGACCACGCCGACAUCUGAUGGUGGGGCGCCGAUGCUCAUGCUGACACGCAGUGCGCAGCGUCGCAUACAGGCGCGGCAGCAGCAGUCGCAGCAUGGCAGCGGCGAGGGGACGCCGCGAACAGCCUCUGGGCUGUCGCCAACGUCUCCCGAGUCAUCGCUCACGUCACCGGUUCCGCAGCUUCAGGGCGCAGGUAUCUCGGCACCCAGCCGUCAAUACAACUACAUAACCGACACUGACGAUGACGAUGACGACGACGAUGAUGUUGAGAUGCUGUGA